AUGGCUGACAUCGAAUACAACGCCGAGGAGGCUGCCGAGAUCAAGAAAAGAAGACAGUUCCGCAAGUUUUCUUACCGCGGUAUUGACCUCGACCAGCUCCUCGACCUUUCUUCCGAGCAGCUCCGUGAUGUCGUUCACGCUCGUGCCCGCAGACGUUUCAACCGCGGUCUGAAGCGCAAGCCUAUGGGCCUCAUCAAGAAGCUCCGCAAGGCCAAGCAGGAGGCCAAGCCCAACGAGAAGCCCGAUCUCGUCAAGACCCACCUCCGUGACAUGAUUGUCGUCCCCGAGAUGAUCGGUUCCGUCGUCGGUAUCUACUCCGGUAAGGAGUUCAACCAGGUUGAGAUCAAGCCCGAGAUGGUUGGCCACUACCUGGCUGAGUUCUCUAUCUCUUACAAGCCCGUCAAGCACGGUCGUCCCGGUAUCGGUGCCACCCACUCUUCCCGUUUCAUUCCCCUCAAGUAA